AAUGCGAGAGUCCAUCCCAUCCUUCCCAGAAGAUAAGCUCAGCUCACAGGAAGGAUUCAAGAAACAUGAGGAGCCCUAGGGGCGGUGCCGAGGAGCACAUCGACCUCAUCCCGGGCAUCCCAGACGACGUCGCCGUCGACUGCCUGGCGCGAGUCCCGCACGCCUCCCAUCGCGCGCUGCGCCGGGUCUGCCGCGGCUGGCUGAGCGCCGCCGCGGCGCCGGCCUUCGCGUCUGCGCGCGCCGCCGCGGGGGCCAACGAGGACCUGGUCUUCCUGCUGCAGUUCGGCAACCCGUCGGCCAAUGACGGGCCGAAAGAUGGAGACGCGCCGGCGAACACGCCGGCGUACGGCGUGGCGGUGUACAACGUGACCACGGGGGAGUGGCGCCGGGAGAGCGGCGCGCCACCGGUACCGGUGUUCGCGCAGUGCGCGGCGGUGGGGAGCCGGCUGGCGGUGCUCGGCGGGUGGGACCCGCAGACCUUCGAGCCCGUGGCGGACGUGCACGUGCUGGACGCCGCCACGGGGGAGUGGCGGCGCGCCGCGCCGAUGGGGUCGGCGCGGUCCUUCUUCGCGUGCGCCGAGGCCGGGGGCAAGAUCUACGUGGCGGGCGGCCACGACAAGCACAAGAACGCCCUCAAGACGGCGGAGGCGUACGACGCCGGCGCCGACGCGUGGGACCCGCUCCCGGACAUGUCGGAGGAGCGCGAUGAGUGCGACGGCAUGGCCACCGUCGCGGGCGACCGGUUCCUGGCCGUGAGCGGGUACCGCACGGCGCGGCAGGGCGGGUUCGAGCGCGACGCCGAGUGGUUCGAUCCGGCGGCCCGCGCGUGGCGCCGCCUCGAGCGCGUCCGCGCGCCCCCCUCGGCUGCGCACGUCGUAGUGCGCGGCCGCGUCUGGUGCAUCGACGGCGCUGUGAUGGAGUGGAUGGGGACCCGCCGCGGGUGGCGCGAGGUUGGGCCCUACCCGCCGGGGCUCAAGGCCGGCACGGCGCGCGCCGUCUGCGUCGCCGGCGGCGAGAAAGUGGUGGUCACCGGUGCCCUCGAUGGCGAGGGCGGCGGCGGGCGCCACGCGCUGUGGGUGUUCGAUGUCAAGACCAAGAACUGGACCGUGGUGAAGCCCCCGCCGGAGUUCGCCGGCUUCGUGUUCUCCGUCGCCUCCGUCCGCAUCUGAUCUGAACCUCUCCCGUUCCCAUCCCCGACCAAGGCUACUUACUACUAGUACGUAUGUACGCACACCGUUUCCGCCAUUUCUGGAUCUGAGAUCUGAGGCCUGAGAUCUCCUCGCCUGAGAUCUACGCAUCAUGGAUCUAUGCAUCUACUACUAGAAUGCCCUGCCAUCAAAGGAGUCGAGGAAAUCUGCGAGAUCUGAGAUCCAUGGAGCCAUGGGUGUAAAAAAAAGUUUCCUCCUUCGUUGCUUUUGGGAGUGUUGAGAUGAGAUGAUUGUGGUGUUUUUGUCCCGAGCUGAAGGACACUGUUCUUCUUCUAUGCAUCUACUACUAGAAUGCCCUGCCAUCAAAGGAGUCGAGGAAAUCUGCGAGAUCUGAGAUCCAUGGAGCCAUGGGUGUAAAAAAAGUUUCUUCCUUCGUUGCUUUUGGGAGUGUUGAGAUGAGAUGAUUGUGGUGUUUUUGUCCCGAGGUGAAGGACACUGUUCUUCUUGUGCUGCAUUGGAUGCUUCUAGCUACGUAAUAAUAAUCAUUGUACAUACUA